AUGAAUUCACUGCCCUUGAAUGACGAAAAUAUUGAUGGACCUGCCCCGCAAUUUGAUGUUGUUGUCAUGGCUGAAUCAACUGAUGCUUCUGAUAUUAAAGAUGGGCUGGAACUGGAUGGUGUUGAUAAACUAGCCAACAAACAUCAACGGAGGUUCACAUCUGCUGUAUGGAAAGGCUAUACUUUUCUUGAACCAAGUCCAAAUGGAUUGUUGAGAUACGAAUGCAAGAAAUGUAAGCAAGUUCAUACUGUUGAUAGCAAGCACGACACUGGUAAUUUCAAGUGA